GUAAAAAAUAGAUACGGUGACAACCCGGGACACCGCAAAAAUAGCGCGAAGUUUUUGUCUUUACUGAAAAAAUCAUUCUGUAUUUUCGGUAAAUAUGAGCGGACGCAAGCACAGAGGCUUUGAGAAUAUGGAAAAUCUGUGCCCUGUUACCAGAAAACGAUCUUCCAGUAAGUAUCCCACAUCGGUUGUGGGAGCUUUAGUUUCCGCUACAAAGUCGUCGCAGUACGAGCACCCUUCCUCGCCAUCAAUUCUUACUUUCGAGGCCCUGGAGGAGAUGGGCAUUGGGAUGUUAGACUCUGAAGAGAGCAGCUCCUCAGCACUGUCAGCCAUUGCUUUGGCGGUUAGUGCAAGUGCCACCAGCGACGACAACUCUAAUGAAACGACACCGUAUUCCAGUGCAGCGCGCAUAGCGCACCAGCUUCAGAAUUCGGAGCGACUAAGUUUUGGCGCCAAGGUUGAUACCACUCAGCAUAGCUCUUCUGUCGUGAAUGCAACAGCUUUUACCCGCCAAUGCGAGAAAAUGGAGACGCAGGUCAAGCGCUCAGCACUGGGAUCUGAAGACGGUAGCAACUCAAACACGCCUACUAAACGCUUGCGAAACCCACUGGCUUCUGUCACCUGCAACAACCAGUGUGAUGUUGCGGCCCCACUUACCUUUCAGCCCUCAACCAGCAGACUUGCCCAAGUUCGUCAGACAAAGAAGCCCUUAACAGAACUUAACUCACCCCGUCCGGUGCCAACGAACAGCUUCUUUAUUUAUCGGACUCCGACCAUGAGUGCACAUAUCAAUAGCGGAAUAAACUACUUCGACAGACUUUCAGACGAAAUACUGUUGGAUAUUUUCAAAUGGCUUCCGAAAAAGACGCUACUGCGCAUGACAACUGUUUGUCGGCGCUUUAACCGAUGUUCACGCGAUGAGACAUUGUGGACAAGACUUGAUCUUGGCCUGCGAAACAUUCUGCCAGGCGCUCUCGAGCACAUUGUACGGCGUGGUGUUCUGGUAAUACGUCUAGCCCAGGCAAGCAUCCAGGAGCCAGCAUUCGCAUCAUCAUCGACAGGCUAUACGGCUCGAAUACAAUAUCUUGACCUGAGCAUGGCCUCAAUCAGCCGAAACUCCCUGCAGACUCUUUUAUCACAUUGCCAACAUCUAAAAAAAAUAAGCCUAGAGAAUACUGAGCUCGAUGAUAGCAUCUGUACUGAGAUCGCCAGAAAUAAAGGCUUGGAAGCAGUCAAUCUGACCAUGGCUAGUGGCCUUACAGCUGACAGUGUGCGACUAAUGAUGGAGUCUCUUACUCAUCUGAUAAGCUUAAACAUAUCGUGGACUGACCUUAGUACAGAUGCCGUCACGGAGUUGGUUACUCAUAUCUCCCCUAAUGUUAUCCGGCUAAAUAUCGCUGGCUGUCGACGCGUUUUAUUUGACUCUCAUGUUGAUUCGCUGCAAAAACGGUGCCCACAGCUUUUGGAGCUUGAUCUAUCAGAUUGCAAUAGCCUAACCCCUGCAGCUAUAAGUACAAUUAUGAAGUUCAAGAUGCUGGAAUAUUUGUCCGUUUCACGUUGUUAUCUUAUUCCUGCUACCAGAUUUAUUGAGCUCAAGGGUAUGCCUUGUCUGACAUACUUGGACAUAUUUGGCAUGCUUUCAGACGCUGCAAUGGAAGUCCUUGAAAAGCAAAUGCCUAAAAUGGGAAUAAACAAGUUCAUACACAGUUCAGUUUCUCGACCAACUGUAGGCACUCGACGCACCUCUGUUUGGGGCCUUCGCACGCGUGAUUAGAUCCUAAUUCUAUACCUUUCAGUACCAUCUUUUUGCUACUUAUAUCACUUCCAACGAAAUUUUUUAUUCUUAAUUCAACAACAUAAAUAAUCAUAUUCUGCUGUUAUAAA